AUGAAAUCCCUCGGCUCCUGCUACGUCUGCCUCUCCCCGUCCUCGCAAAAAUGCUCCGGCUGCCAAGAAGUCCACUACUGCUCUCGAGAGCAUCAGAAGCAGCACUGGAAACAGCACAAGCACCAAUGUACACCAGUCAGGGUGAAGGAGGAUGAGAAGGUCGGAAGGUUCCUGGAGGCCACUAGGGAUAUCAAGCCUGGUGAUAUUGUGGUGAAGGAAAAGCCUCUGAUAACUGGACCUUCGCAAGUGACUCCACCAGUAUGUCUCGGUUGCUACAAGCUGUUGGAAGCUGGUAAAACGGUGGACUGCGAGCUGUGCGGUUGGCCUUUCUGCUCUCAAGAUUGCACUAUGCGAGACGAGCAUACACCAGAGUGCCACUACACCGAGAAAAGGGGGGAGAAGGUAUCCAUACCAUCAUCAUCAUUCGGCGUGCCGCACCCAAACUACCAGUGUAUCACUGUUCUCCGCUGUCUCUACCAGCGCGACCACGACGUCAAACUCUGGGAGAAACUCCAAGCCCUGGAGUCACACUGCGAAGACCGCCGUGGGACUGACAAAUGGCAGAAUGAUAGGAAGAUGAUCGCGGAGUUUAUCUGGAAGUUCUUCAAGUUGGAGGGGGUGUUCAGUGAGGAGGAGAUUAUGAAGUGUUGCGGGAUUUUACAGAUAAACGGCCACGAAGUCCCAUUACUGGAGCCGGAGUAUGUGUCAGUCUUCGAUCGCAUCUCCAUGGUGGAGCACAACUGCCGCGCCAAUUGCAAUAAGAGCUUCACGUCUGAUGGGCAGAUUGUCCUCUGCGCCGGCCAGGACAUCCCCUCAGGCAGCCACAUCACCGUGUGCUACACAGACCCUCUCUGGGGCACCGAAGCUCGACGCCAUCAUCUCGCGGACUCCAAGUUCUUUGAAUGUGCGUGCGCGCGUUGCGCUGACCCUACGGAACUCGGAACUAAUUACAGCGCUAUUAAAUGUAAAAAGAAGGACUGCAAAGGCUACCUCCUCCCGGAGACCUUCCUCGUCCCAAUCCUGCACAAGACCAAAUCCCCAGACCCGUCGACCCGCAACCUGGACCUGAAGAUGUGGGUCUGUCGGGUCUGCAAGGACGCCGUCUCUGACGCCAUUAUGCAACAGCUGCUCCAGGAUAUCGGGAGGGAGCUCAGCAUCAUGCCGAAGGGAGACGCUGAUGCUUGUGAAAGGUUCAUAAACCACUGCAGCGCCUACCUAUACCCUCGGCACUACUACCUAACAGACGUCUCCCUAGCUCUAGCCCAGCUGAUUGGUCAGGAGAGUGAGCUGGGAUUGGCUUCAGUGAGCGAUGACAGGCUUCUACUGAAGACUCAGCUCUGUCGCGGCAUUGCUGAUCUACUUGAGACCUUGGCACCUGCGGAGGUCCGCCUGCGGGGCACCCUGCUCUUCGAGCUACAUGCUGCAGUGGCAGAGACUGGACGGAGGAAGUCCAUGACUGAUGGUCCUGGGGUCAUGCUUGGAUAUGUCUCGGAAUCCCGGCGAAUCCUCCUGGAAUCCGUACAACUGCUGAAGCACGAGCCCCCGGAACUGCCCGAAGGCCGCAUCGCUCAGCAGGCGCGCUCCAACAUCAUACAUAUGGACGAGCUCAUCAAGAACUUGGCUGCCAAUCUGCCCGCGCCUCUUUAAACAUACCAGCAAGCGUAUUAUGGAAGCGGUUAUUGCCAAGCCAAGUUUGACAAUCG